AUGCAUCAGCUUGCGCCAAAGGAAUACCACGAGAUCUUGACACCUGACUACAGCCUCGGGUGUAAGAGACGGAUCCUCGACGGCACUUGGUAUCGCAGUCUGAAUGCCCCAAAUGUGGAGUUGACUACCCAGCCUCUGACAAGGGUCAACGCAAAGAGCGUGAUUCUUGGUCCGGGCCGCCACUAUCCUCCCCAAAACUCUGACGACGCAGAUGAGGUUAGGGAGAUACCCGCCGAUGUCAUCAUCCUGGCCAACGGCUUCGAAACCAACCAAUGGCUGCAUCCACUGAAGGUGAUUGGUAGGAAAGGCAAGGAUCUUGAAGAGGUAUGGGCGGAGCGUGGAGGUGCCCAGGCAUACCAGGGGAUUGCAAUGGAUUCUUUCCCGAACUUCUUCAUGCUUUUCGGCCCGAAUACAGCAACAGGGCAUACCAGUGUUAUCUUCGCGACAGAAAAUGCGGUAAACUACUCACUGAAUUUCAUCAAGCCGAUUUUGAAUGGUCAGGUAACCUCGUAUGAGGUCAAGGAGAAUGCUGAGCGUGAAUGGACUCGACAAGUACAGGAUGCACUCCAGAAAAGUGUAUUCCGUCGUGGGGCUUGCUCCAGUUGGUACAUCACUGCCGAUGGUUGGAACUCAACCACAUAUCCGUACGUUUUUCUCCUCUGGCGGUCUCUGGCUAUUACUGACAUGGCAUUCAGAUUCACUCAGAUUCACUAUUGGCUACGUUGCAAAUUCCCGGUGUGGCGGCAUUGGACUGCGAAACUCACAAGAAGGGGACGAACUUUGCGAGCUAUCCGGAAAACUAUUCAAGCUUCUGCUCUCCUUGGCCUUUUUGCGGGCAUUAGGUUCUUGCACCAAAACCCACAGCAGAAAACUCAGUUGGUGCAGUCAUUGCUGGCUGGGAAAGAGUGGCUGAUCUCCGCGGUUUUGCAAUUGAGGCACUGA